AUGCAUCUCAACCAGGCGCUCGACCUGAGCCAGAAGAAGGCGUAUGUGCUCGGCCGCUCCCGCGAGCAGGCGGACUACGUCUCUCGGCAGCACGCGGCGCUAAUGCACGGGCCUCCCGACCCCCCGCGGCCCGGCGAGGCGCACGAGGCGCUUCUCACGCCGCCGUACGGUUGCGGCGUCAACCGCGCCGUCGGCUGUCCAGAUUACAGGCCCGCCACCGCCGCGCAGACGUCGCUGCACGUGGCGGACCUCGCCUCGACAAAAGGCACGUUCCUCGACACGGGCGACGGCGUCUGGCGGCGGCUGCAGCAGCAGACGCCCAUACGAGUGCCGCCCGGCGGCUGCCUCCAGCGGCGCGGCGAGUGCGAGGUGUGA